ACUUUCUGUUAGCUUAUUAUUAUUCAAUACGUUCGAUAAUAUCAAAAUGCAAGAUACCGAAAAUACAAAUAAUACAAAUGAAUGGAUCAAUUGGAUUGAAGAAGCUGUUGAUAAAGAAUAUUUAAAUUUUUAUGAAUAUGAAGAAUUUAAUAAUAUUCAACAUAUUGGUACUGGAGCUUUCGGAAACGUAUAUCGUGCAAAUUGGAAAAAUUCAGGAAAACUAGUUGCAUUAAAAUCGUU